AUGUCUUACGCAACAAGUGGGCGUGACUCGAGUUCAACGCGAGACGGUGGUGGGUCAAUGGACCCCCAACCCUCCUCAGCCGCGACAAGGGCCCCUGCUCAGAGCUCGCUGGCCACACUCACCGCCUCGUCAUCAUCAAACUAUGCCUCUAGCGUGUCCAGUGGCAGCCAACACCAGACAGGGGGUGUUCCCGGCACACCCGCGAGCCGGCGCUCAGGAGGAUGGGAACGCCAGACUCUUUCCCCGGCAGCGGUUGCAAGGGAUGAGCAUAGUUUCGAGCAACCGGCUAGCUCACGAUCAAAAGAGAGUUCCAGGGAGAAUCUAGACGAGUCCUCUGAUUCAUCAGCCGAGUAUAUGAGCAACUAUAAGCUUUUGGAAAGGAGCUUCACAAAAGCCAAACCUAGUACUGCGUCACGCUCAAAACGAUUCUUCCAGUCCUUUGUCAAGAAAUUUAAUAAAUCUUCAGUUCGCUACGGAUUAGUACCAAAUAACCAGCAAGAACAAGAUAGAAAUGUUAUUCAACAUACAGUUAUAAUUUACGUCUUUGAAGGCCACCUUCACUUAUCACCUAUCACAUCAAGACCGAAGAGGGUUCUCGAUGUCGGCACAGGACCAGGAACAUGGGCCUUGGAAUUCGCCCAGAAGCAUCCUAAAUGUUCCGUGCUAGGCGUGGACAUCGAGCCGGUCAAGCCCGCUUACAGCAGACCUAACUGUAGCUUCAUGACAAAGGACAUCACUCAUGAAUGGGACUUCGCCGACGGCGGUAAAUUCGAUUUCAUCCACGUGAGACAACUUGGCGAUAUCGCGGAUAAAAAGGCUCUAAUCCAAUCGGCAUACGACAACCUCAAGCCAGGUGGAUGGGUCGAGUUCACGGAAUGGAUCGCACUUAUACAGUCACCGAACCACUCAUUAAAAGGCACCGCAUUUCGUAGAUGGAACGAUCUUCUGGAGCAAGGCAUGCGCAGUUUCGGCACCACACUCAAAUACCCAAAUCAGUUCAAGCCGUUCCUACAGGAAGUAGGCUUUGAGCGUAUCAUCGAGACGAGAAACGGCGCGCCGACAAAUGCGUGCUAUCCCGGGAAGAAGUUACAGCGCAUAGGUCAUCUCAUGACGCAGAACUGGCUGCUUAUUCUCGAGCCGUUGACAAUGCCUGUUUUCACCGCAGGCUUGGGCUGGAGUCCGGAACAAGUCAAGCAGUUUCUUAACGAAGUGCGAGCAGAGAUUGGUAACACACAAUACCAUUCCUUCAUGACACUGUAA